UGAAACGUCUUCCUUCCUACCAUAGUUUAGCAGCGUAAGUGGGAUCACGAACGGCUUUAGGAGCAGAUUCGGAGAUAAAGCCUCUGUUAGCUUCCUUUCUUCUCCCUCGCAAGCCAUGGUUUCCGCCACCAGGAUCAAGUCCGUUGAUUUCUACAGGAAAAUCCCAAGAGAUUUGACAGAAGCAUCUCUCUCUGGUGCUGGAUUAUCCAUUGUAGCUGCCCUUGCGAUGGUGUUUUUGUUUGGAAUGGAGCUUAGCAGUUAUCUGGCAGUUACCACUGACACAUCUGUUAUAGUUGACAAAAGCUCUGAUGGGGACUUCUUACGCAUUGAUUUCAACGUCAGCUUUCCUGCUCUCUCGUGUGAAUUUGCAUCGGUUGAUGUGAGCGACGUGUUGGGAACCAACAGGUUGAAUCUAACGAAAACGAUUAAAAAAAUUCCAAUCGAUUCGCAUUUAAGAGCCACUGGUGAGGAAUUCCAUUCUAGCACUGGAUUACAUCUCAUCAACCAUGGAGACGAAGAUCAUGAAAAUAGUAGUUAUGCUGCUAUACCAUUGACUGGUGCUACCUUUGAGCAGUUUUCACAUCAUUUUCCGAUUUUGGUUGUUAAUUUUUAUGCGCCGUGGUGCUACUGGAGUAAUCGCCUGAAACCAUCUUGGGAGAAAGCAGCUGAAAUAAUAAGAGAGAGGUUUGAUCCUGAAGAUGAUGGGCGUGUUCUUCUAGGAAAUGUUGAUUGCACCCAAGAACCUACUCUAUGUAAGAGGCUUCAUAUACAAGGCUACCCUUCUAUUCGGAUUUUCCGCAAAGGCAGUGACCUCAAGGAGGAUCAUGGUCACCACGAACAUGAAUCUUACUAUGGAGAUCGAGACACAGAGAGCCUAGUCAAGAUGGUAGAAGGACUGCUCGUACCUAUCAAAAAGGAGGAUCAUAAGUUAGCUUUGGAUGGUAAAUCUCAUAAUGCAGCUUCAAUUAUUAAGAAGGCACCACUUAGUGGAGGUUGUAGAAUUGAAGGCUAUGUGCGUGCCAAGAAGGUUCCGGGUGAAAUCGUAAUCUCGGCUCAUUCAGGAGCUCAUUCAUUCGAUGCUUCUCGAAUGAACAUGUCGCAUUAUGUCUCUCAUCUCUCAUUUGGUAGAAUGAUUGAUGAAAGGUUGUUGACUGAUAUGAAACGAUUACUGCCUUAUCUUGGCCUAAGCCAUGACAGGCUGAAUGAAAAAUGGUUCGUGAAUCAAGGACAGUUUGCUGCUAAUGUUACCAUCGAACACUAUCUUCAAAUAGUCAAAACAGAGGUCGUUUCAAGAAGAUUCGGUCAAGAACACUCAUUGAUUGAUGAGUAUGAGUAUACAGCUCAUAGCAAUGUGGCUCAUGGUUACUAUUACCCCGUUGCAAAGUUUAAAUUUCAGCUCUCUCCUAUGCAGGUCUUAAUAAGCGAGAACCCUAAGUCAUUCUCGCACUUCAUCACAAAUGUUUGCGCCAUCAUAGGUGGUGUUUUCACGGUCGCGGGGAUACUAGAUUCGAUAUUUCAAAGCACAGUCAGAAUGGUGAAAAAGGUCGAGCUCGGUAAAAACAUUUGAUCAGGAACGAAAGAUUGGUUAAAUUUUACUAUAUUCUGUUUCUUUUGUAAGAUCAAACCAUAGAAAAGACAUCAAGUAGACUUUUGGAAUAGCAGUUUUAGAAUGAGAAAGAAUAAAGAAACAAUUUUCGUUAGAACAUCUUUAUAUUCUUCUUGAUUCUUGAUCUUUUCUUUAUCCUUCAUAUUUAUAUUUAGGUCUAUUGGUUAUAUAAAUUUUGUAUCAUCAUUUACAUUAGCUGAAAAGAGAAAGAAACAGAGUAACAAUGAAUGAAAAAGGAAAAACAGAGGAAGAAGAAGAGUAAGCUGCGAUUGCAGGAGUGUCUUGUGAAGGUGCCGGUGUUAUUUCGAAGGUUCCUGUGUAAGUAGGAGAUGGUGAAGAUUCUACUGAAGGCGAAGGCGAAGGCGAAGGAGGUGUGGUGUUGCUGCUGCUUCUAUCAGCCAUGACAAUGAUGACAAGCUUCUGGUUCUUGUGACAAUUUUCUUUGUUUCCACUGAUGAAAUAGUAUGGUCCAGACCGGUCAAACGUGAAGGAAGUGUGUCCGUCUGUGAAUUUAGCCGUGGCUGCGUCUGUGUUGCAGCUAUCGUAAGCGUCUCUUGUCACUUGAAGCACUGAGUCUUGGUUUGGUCGGUAGACAAAAAGCAGAGAGUCGUUGAUUUGGAAUCUUCUUUGCUCUGCCCAUUGAUUGUAUAGUUGAUGAUCUGUGGGAACAGUCCAACCCUUUGAUCCUCCUACCACAAACUCUCUGGCGCAGACCGUGUGAAUGAUGACGAGAAGACACACAAGAAAUCUUAAACUAUGAAGCAUCUUUGUUCUGUUUAGGUCUCUUGAGCUUUUUGAGAGUUGUAUGUGUAUAUGUGUGUUUGUGAAUAGAUGGUGAAAG